CUCCUCCUCCGCUCCGUGCCUUUCUCGCUUUCUCGGCCAGGGAGGGAAUCCCUUCUACGAAAACUGCCUGUCACGUUUCACCUCGAGCUCUCACUACCACAUUCCAACAGGGUUCCUUCAUGUGCAACCUAAAAUCUACUAGACUCUAGCAUCUGCACAGAGAGCAGAAUAAACGGCGACAGUGGUAAGACAUUUGGACAGCGUAGCAGAUAGACAGGGAGCCCGAUUCGUGAUCCUGUGGUGAGAGGGGUGUGCAUGCCCGAUACUGUCGUCGCUGAUCCAGGGAGUGUAUUUUAGCUUGUAGCUAACGUCAGUUAGCGAUUUAGCCAGGUAACGUCCCUCGCCACUCACCGAGAGAAGGGAAAGCAUGCGGAGGUGUGACGGCGGCCAAUAGCAUGAAGAGUCCGGGCCCUCGCAGCCGGGACAUCGAGCGGCAGGCGGGCUACCUGCGGCCCGAGCACUGCGCCCCGCCCCCACAGCCUGGACCCGCCAACGCCAUGUGGUUCAUCCGUGACGGCUGCGGCAUCGUGUGCGGCGUGAUCACGUGGAUGCUGGUGCUGUUUGCGGAGUUCGUGGUGCUGUUCGUCAUGCUGAUGCCCGCCAGGAACGUGGCGUACACGCUGGUCAACGGCGCCCUCUUCAACGCCCUCGCCUUCCUCGCCCUCGCCUCACACUUCCGGGCCAUGUGCACAGACCCCGGUGCAGUGCCAAAGGGAAACGCCACCAAAGAGUUCAUCGAGAGCCUGCAGCUGAAGCCUGGACAGGUGGUCUACAAGUGCCCCAAGUGCUGCAGCAUCAAGCCCGACAGGGCACACCACUGCAGUGUGUGUAAGCGCUGCAUUCGUAAGAUGGACCACCACUGCCCCUGGGUGAACAACUGCGUGGGGGAGAAUAACCAGAAGUACUUUGUGCUCUUCACAAUGUACAUCGCGUUGAUAUCACUGCACGCACUCAUCAUGGCGGCCUUCCAUUUUGUCUUCUGCUUUGAGGAGGACUGGAACACGUGCAGUGUCUUCUCUCCUCCGGCUACAGUCAUCCUCCUCAUCCUACUGUGUUUUGAGGCGCUCCUCUUCCUCAUCUUCACCUCCGUCAUGUUCGGCACGCAGGUCCACUCCAUCUGCACCGACGAGACCGGCAUCGAGCAGCUGAAGAAGGAGGAGAGGCGCUGGAUCAAGAAGUCCAAGUGGAUGAACAUGAAGGUGGUGUUCGGACACCCCUUCUCCAUCACCUGGCUCAGCCCCUUCGCCACGCCCGACCACGGCAAGGCCGAACCGUACCAGUACGUGGUGUGAUGGAGCAAAGCAGCAUCAUCGCCAUCAUCAUCAAAGCAAGACCAUGCACCUUGCACCUGGUGGAGAGUUCUACUAAGGAACAUCUUUUUGAUGUUUGAUGUGGUGGACAACUACAUCAUCUUAUUAUCUCUCCGAUUGAAAUCAUGGCGGAGCGUUACUAUCAGUAUGUGGUGUGAUGGAGCAGCACAUGACGCGCCUACACCUUCGAGUGUUGAGGAAUCUUAAGAUCUUUGACCGCCACACAUUAAUUAAUUGAUUGAUUGAUUGAUUGAUUGAUUGAUUGAUUGAUUGAUGGAGGACACUGGAGGAUACUGAUCCUUCUGCUGGACCCUUGGUGGAAUCAUAUCACUGUAGAGGAACCUUGGGGGACAACAUCUUGCCUCUCUUGCUAGACCCUGGUGGUAGAGUCCUAUCAGUAUGUGACGUAUACAAUACAUUGUGUUUUUCCGGUUGAACCUUUGUGGAACCAUAUCACUACCUACCUUGUGCAAUGGAGGAAUGGAGUACAAUACACUUAAGUGUUGAGGAAUCUUAACAGAUUUUCACUGUACAUUACCUCUGUGAUUAAACUAUGGUGGAGUGCA